AUGGAACGGUGGGUUAUCUCCGCUGCGACUGAGACAGCUGCACUGAUACUGAUUGUUUACUUAGUGAACGGCAUUAGGAAUCCAUUCUCGUAUGAGCCAUGGAGGAGCACGCGGACUUUUGAGUCCAUGUUCGACAUACUGGAAGCCGAUAUUGUAGUCUUCCAAGAAACCAAAAUCCAGCGAAAGGACCUUAGAGAUGACAUGGUCCUCGUACCCGGAUGGGAUUGCUACUUCAGUCUGCCCAGAGUCAAAAAAGGUCGGGCACAUCGAAUCGCUGCGUUACUCGGAGCUAACCAUUCGUCAGGCUACUCCGGUGUCGCCAUCUACACUCGUAACGCGACAUGCGCUCCCAUCCGUGCUGAGGAAGGUCUGACAGGAACCCUUUGUCCGCCAAACUCAUCAGUGCCAUUCAGAGAUUUACCCGAGGACCAGCAAAUUGGCGGCUAUCCAACGAUAGAGCAGCUAUCGCAACUCGAGCUGGAUGCAGAGACGCUUGAUUCUGAAGGAAGAUGCGUGAUACUCGAGUUCCCCGCCUUUGUUCUUAUAGGUCUCUAUUGUCCUGCGAAUAGAGACGAAAGCAGAGAUGCUUUCCGCCAAAACUUCCUAGACCUGAUGGAUACGCGCGUCCGAAACCUAGACGCCUUAGGGAAAAGGGUUUUCGUCACUGGCGACAUCAAUAUCUCAAGAGGGGAAGUUGACGCAGCACACGCAGCGGAAAACAUAAAGAAGGGAGCUAUCACGGAGGAUGACUUCGUCACUGCCCCAGCUCGGCGCUUGUUCAACCAUUUAUUGACGGAUGGAAAAGUGGUGGGUGACCGAGAUGAAGGGAGGGAACGACCUGCUCUUUUCGAUAUAUGCAGGUCAUUUCAUCCGGACCGCAAAGGCAUGUAUACUUGCUGGGAGCAGCGAAUCAAUGCCCGCCCUGGGAAUUAUGGCUCAAGGAUAGACUACGUCCUAUGCAGCCUGAACAUGAAAGAUUGGUUUUCUGACUCUAAUAUUCAGGAGGGACUCAUGGGGUCGGACCAUUGCCCAGUAUAUGCUGUAUUCAAGGACCGCGUACCUCUCGGCGAAGGCGACUCCCACAUACUUGAUAUUGUGAACCCUUCUGGAGUGUUCGAGAACGGCGAGCGCCAACAAAAUUAUACGACAAAGUUUCUUUUAACACUUUCGGGGCGAUUGAUACCGGAAUUUGACAGGCGGAGAAACAUCAAAGACAUGUUUAUGCGUAAGCCGAGUCAACCUUCGCAGAAACUGCCUUCUCUGCAGAAGCCAACCCCUUCUCCAUCGACUGAAGGCGCCAACAUGAUUUCGAAGACUACAGCCAGCCCCUCAUCGCCUUCGAAUGCCGAUACGCCUAUCAUCAUACCCAACGCGAGCCCUCAGAAAGGGACCGUUCGCAAACGACCCGUCAGACCAGAAGAUCCGCCGGUCAAACGUUCGAAAUCCGCGAGCAGCCAAACAGUUACUCCUACAGCUGGACAGAGUACUUUAAAGGGGUUCUUCAAGCCGAAAAUCACUCCUGGGGUCGAACCGAAAGACUCUGCCUUGUCGAAGAACGGAGAACCGGGACUCUCUGAACACUCUCUCCCCAGCCCUUCCCAGCCCUCCAGCCAACCAGGGUUAAUAAGCCAAACACCCGAAGCGGCACUCGAAUCUGAAGAAACAUCAACACCGACGACUACAGCGCUGCUCAAGGAUGAGACGAGCUUCAUUGAUCCGGUUGCCAGCAAAGAAGGCUGGUCGAAGCUACUUACCAAAAAGCCACCUCCCAAGUGCGGAGAGCAUGAUGAACAAUGCAUCAGUCUGAAAACUAAGAAGCCUGGUCCAAACUUUGGUCGGACAUUCUGGAUCUGUCCCAGACCUCUAGGCCCCAGUGGGAAUAAAGAGAGAGGGACAGAAUGGCGAUGCUCUACCUUCAUCUGGGCCAACGAUUGGGACUCAUCAACAAUGUAG